UCCCUGCUCGCAAUCAGACGGGCGGUGGCGGCGGCACCGAGAGGACGCCCACUCCCUCCGCGGGCGGCCGAGCUGCAAGGCGACCGCUCCUCGCGGGCGGCCGGGGUCCGCGCUGCAGCCGCCGGUGCGCUCCGGCCCGGGCUGCCGCGACAGGCGGCCCCGGCUCCCGCCGGCUCGCGGCGCCCCCCGGCCGCCCCCCCACGCGCUGCUCGCGGCCCCGACCAUGGGGCUGGGCGGAUCCGAGGCUCGGCCGAGCUGAGGCGGCGGCGCCCGUCCGUGCAGCCCGCUCGCCGCCGCCGCCGCCUCCUGGCCCUCACGAUGAUGAAGAAGAAGAAGUUUAAGUUUAAGGUGGACUUCGAGCUGGAGGAGCUCUCCUCGGUGCCCUUCGUCAACGGGGUCCUCUUCUGCAAGAUGCGGCUGCUGGACGGCGGCAGCUUCACCGCCGAGUCCUCCAGGGAGGUGGUGCAAGCAAACUGUGUUCGCUGGAGAAAGAAGUUCUCAUUUAUGUGUAAAAUGAGUGCCAGUGCCUCCACCGGCGUCCUGGAUCCUUGUGUCUACAGAGUAUCUGUACGGAAGGAAUUAAAAGGCGGGAAAGCUUAUGCGAAGCUGGGCUUUGCGGAUCUAAACCUGGCGGAGUUUGCUGGAUCAGGAAAUACCACCCGUCGCUGUUUACUGGAAGGCUAUGAUACCAAAAAUACAAGACAGGACAACUCCAUUCUCAAAGUUUUGAUCAGUAUGCAGCUGAUGUCUGGUGACCCAUGUUUUAAAACGCCUCCCUCCACGUCCAUGUCAAUACCCAUCGCUGGGGAAUCUGAGUCUCUGGAAGAGGAUAGGAAAGGCGGGGAGACCCUCAAGGUGCAUCUCGGAAUAGCAGAUCUUUCAGCAAAGAGUGCCUCUGUUCCAGAUGAACUUGGUGCCUGGGGACAUUCUAGAACAUCAAGCUAUGCAAGCCAGCAGUCCAAAGUAUCAGGGUAUAGCACAUGUCACUCCCGGUCGUCCAGCUUCUCCGAGUUCUGCCACAGGAGAAAUACCUCCGUGGGCAGCACAUCAACAGGAAUUGAAAGCAUUCUGGAGCCAUGUGAUGAAAUGGAGCCAACCACAGCUGAACCAAACCCUGACCCAGCUGACAAGGAAGAAGACGCUUCUGAGAAGCUCACCAGGUGCCCGGUGAAGCAGGAUUCUGUCGAGUCUCAGCUGAAGCGGGUUGACGACACCAGAGUGGAUGCGGAUGACAUUGUGGAGAAAAUCCUGCAGAGUCAGGACUUCAGCCUCGACUCCAGUGCAGAAGAAGAAGGCCUGAGGUUAUUUGUGGGGCCUGGAGGAAGUACAACCUUUGGCAGCCAUCACCUUCCGAACAGGGUAGGAUCUGGAGCCUAUGAGCAGGUUGUGAUCAAACGCUAGAGGUGACGCCAGCAGACAGAAGCUUCCUGUGUACGCGAGGUGUGGACAACCAGUGUUUCACAGUGUUUAGGUCAAGCAUGUAAGAAAAACAAUGAACCUGUUUUCAAAGUGAAGUUCAUCUGUGAAGAGGAAAGCAGUGCCGAUUCCUUCUCAAAGCACCCCCACCAUCAUUCCAAGCCACUCACCCACUGAGGGAGCAUGUGAAUGGAGGCUGAAGGCCUGGCCCAGGUCAGCACCCAGUCUGCUUGUAUGUUCCAGGCACCUCAGAGGAAAACAACAUUGGACACAUCUGAGAGUGAUUCUGGUAUUCCAGCGUAAAAAUGCAAGGCAGGGGUGCUCAACAGGUCUGGGCUCUGUUUUUAAAUUUUACGUUUAGGAGACAGUAUGUGAAAUCAAUUUAAACCCAUAAAUGCUAUCAAAAUAAUUAGAAUUCCUAUUAAGUAAAUCUUCCAUGUCCUACUACAUAUAGCAUUGAACUAAGUGUAUUAACUCCUUUUAUGCAAUAAUUGACAGAAAGUAUCCGUGCUUUGGGAAAAUGUUACAACUUAAACAUUUUAAAUACUUCAUAAUUCUAAACGUAUUCAGACAUAAGUCAAAUGAUAGGUGUGUCCAAGUCUGAGAUGGUUGGGCGGAAAGAAAGCUUUGAAUAUUCCAUAUAUAUUGUUCCUUGUCAUUAAUAUUAGAUAAACUGCAAAAGCCCCAGUAACACUCUGUAAGAGUCAAGUAAGCUUAAUAAUCAGUCUGUUAGGCUACCAGGGACAAGCUAGGAGAAAAGCUGAUAUAUUAUCCAUUCAGUACUAAGACUCACUGGUCUCAGCAGUCAGAUCAGAAGGAAGACUGUAAGGUGAUCAGAAAAAUGGCACCCUUCCUAAGGAAGCCGGACUUCCGUGACUGACGCAGUGUUAAUGGAUAGACGUCUGAAUGGCUGCUGGAUGUCACUGAUGCCAUGGGAACUGGCGCUUUUCUGUUUUAGCCCUUUGGCCUGAGCCUGUUUUCUUUACUGUGUCAGAAUGUCGCUGUUUGAAGCCAGGGUAGACGGUGAUGUACCUCUAAUGCAGCUUUUAGGGUACAAAUAUCUAGCCUGGAUCCAUGUUAACAGCCCAGCACACAAGCUGCAGUUUUUCUGGUUUUGACGGUAAUCCUGUGGAAAGAGCUAAACUUCCCUUUGCUGAAGAGAAACAUGAGGUGGGUACAGGGCCAGCAAUGCCCAGACCUCACCUACACAAUCAUGUCUGAGAAACACAGUGGGUCAGCACAGAAUUACUCUGGCCAAGACCUUUUUAUGUUGAACAAAAGAAGGAUAGAGUUAUACAAUGUUUGAAUAUCCAGAUUGGGAAGUUUGGAAAAAAGUGGAAUUGUUCCUGUUAGAAUUUUUACUUUAAUAUCUCAAGAAUUAAGUAGUCUACAUUAAUCCAAAACUAUUUUUACAAGUACAUGCUGACUUUUUUAAAAAGAUGACACCCUGUUUUAGAAUAUUUUGAAUACUAAGAGAAAGGAUUUUCUGAAUCAUGUUAAGACAUACUCGGAGGUUGGGACAUUGGCAUGAACAUCUUUAUCAGGGAAGAUGCUGUCGAAAUAGAUGAGGACAUGCUGUUUUCAAGUGAGAAGAUCCAUUGUAUGUUACAAAAAGAUCAAAGAAAGUUUCAACUGCAGAUAAUGGAGAUAUUAUUUAGAGAAGUUUAUUCUGACAAUUUUAAAAGCAUAUUUUUCUAUUUUAAAAAUAAUUUCUAGGCUAUAUUUUUAUUGGCACUUCUGCAAAUGAGUUUGGAUUCUAAAGGUGAUAAUAACUGGAUUGUGAGCUUGGUUCACGAAGGCUGCUUGUCAGACACACACAAGGUGCUGUAAUCAGGAAAGAGUUGCUACCGCUCUUGGCCCUCUGUCUUUACACAAGAUUAGGUCUUGGUAUUUUAAACGAUACAGAAUCUUUUUUUUUUUUUUCUUUUAGAAAAAUAAAAUGUGUGAGCCUGGGGAUAUAGCUAAGUUGGUAGAGAAUUUGCCUAGACUACACAAAGCCCUGGGUUAAAUCCCCAGUACAUAAACUGUGCAUGGUGGUGCAUAUCUGCAACCCCAGCACUUGGGAGCUGGAGACAAGAGGACCAGAUGUUUAAGAACAUUCUUGGCUCCACAGGGAGUUGAGGGCCAAAUGAGGCUGUAUGAUACCCUAUCUCAAAAAGGAAAAGUAAAAAUGUGAAGAGAUCUUGAAAAUUGUAGAAAAUUAUACCUUUUUUUAUUUUAGCAGCUACUAAAUAAUCUUGAUUUACGUAUUGUUAAGUAAUAAAAAAAAUCACUUAAUAAGUAGAAGCAUUGAGUUGGAAGGGGAAAGGCUGGCUGUGACUCUAUAGUCAGCAGAAAUCUGGACUCUCCUGCCCUGGUGUUCUGGGGUCUGUCCUGCAUUCCUAUUUCAGCACAGUCCGAUCAGAAUGUGAAGGGUUGCCACAGUGUCUGCCUGUCUAAUCUUUACUCUCUGCAGGGCAUCUAGUGUCAAGCUCUCAGCCACAAGGCUCUGCUGUCUACUGAGUGCCAAGUCUACUUUUAAUUCUGCCUUGAGUUUAGAAAGCAAUAGACUUGGAAAAGUGGAGUCCUAACAAAUUAUUUUUUUACUAUUCAGGUCAAAUUUUCAAGUCCAAUCUUGGAGAAUUUUGUAGGGAUGAAUUGUUUUCUUCCUCUGUGCUAGAGAAAAGUCUACCUGCACUCUUUAGCGCUAGUGUUUGUGAUGAGAAGGAAGCAUCUAACAUACCUUGUUCAGAAGAAUGCACAAGAGAGCUUCUCCUGCGACAGGCUGGUGACAAGACCGUACAGGAUGUGCAGCGGAGGAAAAGGCAGAGAAGGCCCUGAGCCAUUGGUUUACACUUGAAUGUGGACUCCCUUUUGUGGUGGUAUUAAAGGUUUCUGAGUGCAAACAACUAAUGUAGAUUAACACUUUCAAUAUUAAAGGUUUGACCAACAACCCUAAAUUCCACCAUCUCAUUCCAGCAUAAGUCCAUGAGAAUAAUAUCCAAACUAGAUUCUUCUGUGUAUGUUUUUGUUUUUUUAGUUGUUUGUUGUUGUUCUUUUUGUAUAAAACUGUGAGCCACAGAAGUUGACCACUUAACUCCUUUGUUACUAUAAGGAAAAAAAAUAUCUUCAACUAAUCUCUAUUCUAAACAGAUUCAAAUCCCAGCUCACCCCUGUAAUCCCAGCACUUGGGAGGUUGAGGCAGGAAGAGCUCUGAGUUCAAGGAUAGCCUGGGUUAACUAAUCUACUUGAGUUCAAAGGCAGUCUAGGCUAACUGAUCUACUUGAGUUCAAGGGCAGUCUGGGCUAACUGAUAUACUUGAGUUCAAGGGCAAUCUGGGCUCCGUGGUAAUCAUGAGCCCAAAAUAAGACCCUUACUCAAAAAACAUUUUUUUUUUCAAAUCAGGUAAUUUUGAUGUCAAAGCAUCCAGAAGCAAUUCCAGACUCUCAGAUUUCCAUGUUAAAUAAACCACUUUUGAAGUAUAAACUGACAGUUUCACUAAACAUUUCACUGAAGCACUUCUGAAACUGUAGGCUUCCGUGUUUAUAACAAAUCUCUGAGAGAUGCAGUGGGCUCGUAUGACGGGAUUGUAUUGUUUUCUUCACAAGUCUUUCAUGUGGGCGUCUUAGAAAUUCAGUUCUCUUAGAUGGUACAUCCUGUGAAUAUCAAGUAGGGUAGCUGUACAUAUUGGCUUAGUUAGGUACUGUGCAUAAUGUUAGUAGUUGACUGUAAGAAUGAAAUAUUCCUGUUGUAAGCCUAAGUUAAGACUACCCUGGAAAUAAGGCCGUAUUCCCUUCUCCAUGUGAUUUCCAUCAGAAAAUGUAGACACAAACUAUUUUAAAUGGUAGUAGGGGUGGUCUCCCCAUACAGCAAAGCUGAUAAACAUUUUGAUUUACAAUGUGUUCUGUAUUUUCAAAUGUGUUUAUCUUACAUAAUUCUUUCACCAAUAUUCAUUGACCACAUCAAUGUAAGGAAAGACAGUCUACAGAAGGAUUUGAUUAAUUUUGACAAUAUGUCUUGAGGAUUACCUUCCUCUGUAUUAUUUCAAUCAUUUGGAAGUUUACACAGUGUUUAUGAAGAGUGUUAUUAAUAGCUGAGGAAUAGCUCAGUGGUAAGGAACAUUCCAGCAUGUGCAAGACCUGGGAUUGGUCCUUAACACUCAACAAAGAAAGUGAAGUGAUUCCGUCAGUAUUCUAAUACUUGGAGAAUGACCUUCAUAGUUAUAUAUUUUCUGUCUUAUGUUUUAACUAUACAGUGAUAAAAAUCCAGGAAAUGUUUUAUAACAAAAUCAAAUCUUGUUUGUAAAAUGUUUGUAAUAAUGUAAAAGUGGACCUUAUACACGUUCAAUAAAAAGCAGUAUCUCUAAAGUCUA